GUUUCAAGAUGGCGCCGCCGGUGAAGAAGAAAAAGCGAGUUGAAUUGGUACCGUUCUAGUCGAGCACCCAGGCAUUUAGUUGGCUGCGCGAUCGUAUUACCUGCCGCGAUGGCCAUAUACCAGAACAGUUAUGUCGCCUUGGAAUCGGGUAUCAGCAACUACUGGACGCACCGCCAGAAGCUGCAGUGGAUGACGAUGCUGUUCAUGGGCUGCAUGUACCUGUACGCGGCACGCAUGGCCAUGCCCAUCACGGUCACCAAGAUCAGCACCGAGUACGGCUGGACCAAGACCACCUCGGGCACCGUGCUGUGCUGCUUCUUCUGGGGCUACGCCCUGACCCAGGUGCUGGGCGGCUACCUGGGCGACAUGUGGGGCGGGGACAAGGUGAUGCUGGGCGCGGCCUUGGGCUGGUCCCUGCUCACCCUGUACACGCCCGAGUGCGUCGCCUGGAGCCGGGGGGCCCUGCUGCUCAACCGCAUCCUGCUCGGCGCAUUCCAGGGGCUCCACUUCCCGGCCAUGUCUAGUAUUAUCGUUAGCAUGCUACGGCAACAGGACCGCACAAUCUUCACCAGCGUCGUGGCUGCGGGACCAUCGUGCGGCUUGCUCCUGCUUGGCAGCCUGGGAUCAAUCCUGAUGGCAUCAAACGGCUGGCCCUCUGUUUUCAAGGCCACUGGGAUGCUGGGCAUCGGCUGGUGCUUCGGGGUGGCCUUCCUGAUGCACCGCCGGAAAGGGCCGGGACAGACCACCGGAGGCAAGGCGCUCUCCAGGAACCCUGUGGGGGCGACCACCAAGGUCCCCUGGUUCACCUACUUCCGGAGCCCCUCUUUCUGGGUGAUACUGUUGGCGCACUUCACGGAGAACAACUCCUACUUCAUACUCAUCUCCUGGCUGCCCACCUACUUCCACGAACGCUUUCCCGAUGCAAAGAUGUGGGUGUUCAACAUGGUCCCCUGGAUCAUGAUACCCAUCUGCAGCAUCGGUGGUGGAACCGUCUCGGACCACCUCAUCCGUAAAGGGCAGCCCAUUGCCAAGGUGCGCAAGAUGUCAGAGGCUCUGUGCCAGCUGAGCAAGGCGCUGCUGCUGCCCCUGGUGCCUUGGUGCAGCUACACCUGGGCGCUGCUGUGCAUCUCGCUGGCCGUCGCCUGCUCGGGCUUCCACAACAGCGGCGUCUUCAUCAACCCGCAGGACAUCGCGCCGCUCCACGCGGGGUCCGUCUUUGGCCUCAUGAACACAAUUGGAGCCAUACCAGGCUUCUUGGGCGUGUAUCUGGCGGGCUACGUGGUAGAUGCGACUCGUAGCUGGUCGCUCAUCUUCUACCUGACGUCGCUGCUCAACCUGGUCGGGUGCGCGGCCUUCCUGGCCUUCGGCCGCGGGCAGCCCAUCUUUGCCGGGCAGCCCAGCCUAUGACCUGCUGUCGAAGAUGGGGUCCACCCACCGUCGCCAGAUUUCUAGUCACCACCUAAGUACAAGCGUCUUUCAGUCUUUUUUUCUUUUCUCUCUCGUUUUGAGGACAAGAGCCAGAAGCACGUGCCUUAUUGCCUGUUUCUGCAUCAUGCCGAAGAAACUUUUAUUAAAGAUGACAAAAAACAAA